CCGUCAUGUUAUGCUGCAGUCGGAGGUCACAUGUUAAGGUCAAAGGUCAUUUUCAGGUCAACGUUAAAGUUUACAUGCAAGACUCUCUUAUGACACCUAACUCCGCAACCGUAAGUCACUUUUCAACCAAACUUGGAUGUUAGAUUGACUUGGGGGACCUGCAUGUUAUGCUGCAGUCAGAGGUCACACGGUAAGGUCAAAGGUCAUUUUCAGGUCAACGUUGAAGUUUACAUGCAAGACUCUCUUUCUCCGCAACCCCCCAUGUAUCAACGAUACCCUUCGUUGUCCUAUAAGCAGAGCAUGUUACUCACCUCAAGCGGUAUGUGAUUCUUACGACGAUUGUGGCUCUGGUUUUGAUGAAAUGGAAUGCACAAAUUUAGAUGACUGCAAUCAAACGGUAUAUUCGGCUUUUGAUAGCGAUUGCAGUGUAGAAAGGUCAGGCGGGAUAUACAAUUCACUCGGCAGAGACUUCAUUUUUGAUGGAUCGUUUUACUUCGACAUACCCUUAUUUGAUUCAGAUUCUCCGAUUUGGAUUGACAGGGUGUAUCUCAAUUGGGGGAUUGCAAGUCCAGAUAUUCCUCAACCUACAAAUUUAACACAACAAGGAUGGUUUAUGCUACGUCUUUCAUCAGUCAAUUUUAACCUUUCUGAUGUUAUAAAUAGAACUGAACUAGAUGUUGUUACUCUUGAAUUAACGCCAGAUGACGUCGGUCGACAAGUAGAGAAGAAGUUUCGAGUGCCCUUGGAAGUUAACCAAUCUGAAGUUGACGCUUUUGAGGUAGUAUUAACCUAUGUAAUAGAUGCACAACCCAGUGAUGAAACUCCUUACACAGUUCCAGAGUUUCUCGAUCCUGGUAUUGUAGAAUUAGAAUUUGUCAGGCGGAUCCAGGGGGCCCGGGACUCCAUAUUGGCGGAGCAAAAACAGGGGGGAAGGCACUUAAAAAAGGGAAAAGAGAGGAGAAAAUAAGACGAUGAAGAAGAGUGAAUAA